AUGACUGAGGGGGGAGGGCGGAGUUUAAGGCGGUAGCGCAAUGGCUGCUUGCAUGUGGAGGCGUGACUGAAUUGCGAAAAGGAGAACGAGUGAGUGAAGCCGUGACACUUACCGGAAAGGAUGAGCAUGGAGCGGCCGGAGCACCUGAUCCCUGAGGGAUUCCCGGAUUUGCAGAACGACACCUUCUUACGGGCUGCCCGGGGCGAGGAGUGCCGACAUGUGCCGGUGUGGUGUAUGAGGCAAGCAGGAAGGUAUCUGCCAGAAUUCCGCGAGACCCGCGCCGGCCAGGAUUUCUUUGCUUCGUGCCGGAGCCCCGAGAUCUGCUGCGAGCUCACCCUGCAGCCGCUGCGGAGGUUUCCUCUGGAUGCUGCCAUCAUUUUUUCCGACAUUCUAGUGAUCCCGCAGGCGCUGGGAAUGGAAAUUCGAAUGGAGCCCGGAAGGGGUCCCGUGUUUCCCGAACCUCUGCAGACCCCACAGGACCUGCAAAAGCUCAAACCCAAAGUGGAUGUCUCACAGGAGCUGGGUUACGUCUUCCGUGCCAUCACUCUGACGCGGCACAAAAUAGCUGGAAAGGUGCCCCUUAUUGGCUUCACGGGGGCUCCGUGGACUCUGAUGACCUACAUGAUUGAAGGUGGUGGAUCCAACACUAUGUCCAAAGCUAAGCGUUGGCUGUACCAGAAUCCGUCCGCCAGCCACCAGCUUCUGCAGCAACUCACGGACGUCAUUGUGGACUACCUGGUGGGGCAGGUGGCAGCCGGAGCGCAGGCUCUUCAGGUUUUCGAAUCCCAUGCUGGCUGCCUCGGUCCCCAGCAGUUUGCCGACUUCUCCCUUCCAUACCUCAAGGAAAUAUCCCAAAGAGUGAAGAACAAAUUAAAAGCGGAAGGACUGGAGCAAGUCCCCAUGAUCGUGUUUGCUAAGGAUGCGCACUAUGCGUUGGAAGAUCUGUCUCAGGCCGGUUACGAGGUAGUGGGGCUGGACUGGACAAUACGACCGCAGGAAGCCAGGGAGCGAACAGAGAAGAGAGUGACGCUGCAGGGAAACAUGGAUCCUUGUGCCUUGUAUGCCAGUAAGGAAAACAUCGAGCAGACCGUCAAGAAGAUGAUUGAAGACUUUGGCCGUAGAGGAUACAUUGCCAACCUGGGCCACGGCUUGUAUCCAGACAUGGACCCUGAACACGUCGGAGCCUUUAUAUCCGCUGUACACAAGUACUCGGAACUUAAGGAGAACUAAACGGAGAGCUGGACUUAAAUCAGAUAGUCCUGAGAUGGGCUGACACGCGGUUGUAUGAGCUAUAGAGCUGCGGCGCGGUUAAUUUCGGGAGCCGCCAAACCCGGUUUGUUGGAAUAAACAAACUUGAGAUUUACAAAAAAAA